AUUACAACCCGUGUCCAGUGAUUGUUCAUUACCUAUAGAUGAACCAACUAACGGUACUUCUGUUUUGGCAGCAAGCGAAAGUGCUGUCAAGGUAGAGGCCGGAGGAAGAACGGGAACUAUUCCAAAAAUAGUAAAAGCGUUUCAAACUGUUAAUAAGUCUGCGGGUACCCCAACCAGUGCAAGGUACACCACUGGUCUGCUGCAGCAAGCCUGUUCAACUUUUGUUGAGGGCCAAGGUAUUGCCGUUGAAAUGGAAAGGCAAAAGACUGAGGCAAUUCAAAGUUUGGCUGCUGCAGUUGAUAAAUUGGCAACCGUCCAAUUAAUUAGUUCUAAAUUGGAGUAUGUCAAACUAUUUGGCAAUCUAGACAACUUUGAGGACUUCAUUAAAUAAAUAAAUUAUAAAAAUA